ACUCAAACGUUUCCUGUUCCUAUCUAGCUAGUAGUAGUUCCAACGAAGCAACAGUUGUACGUCAUGGCGCUCGAGCCCCUCCGCCAUGGGCUGGUGUCGCUGCUCGUGCUGCUGCUGCUGCUGGUUCACGCGGCCAGCGCGGCGCGCGCGCGCGACUUGCACCUGGAGAUGGUGACCACCUCCGCCGCGACGGCGCGCGCCGUGCCGUCGUGUGCGAGCUGGCGACUCGGGGUGGAGACCAACAACAUCCGGGACUGGUACAGCAUCCCCGCGGAGUGCCGGGGCUACGUCCGCGACUACAUGUACGGCGACCUGUUCAGGCAGGACUGCGCGGUGGUGGCACGUGAGGCCGCCGCCUACGCAGAGGGGCUCGAGCUCGGCGGCGACGGGAAAGAGGUGUGGGUGUUUGACGUCGACGACACCACCCUCAGCAACCUCCCCUACUACGCCGACACCGGAUUCGGGGCUGAGCCGUACAACGCCACCUACUUCGACGAGUACGUAGCGAACGCGACGGCGCCGCCGCUGCCGGAGGUGCUGCAGCUAUACGAGACGCUGCUGUCGCUGGGCAUCAAGGUGGUGUUCAUCACCGGCAGGCACGACUACGAGAAGGAGCCCACCAUCAAGAACCUCCGCAGCGCCGGCUACCACACCUGGGAUAAGCUUGUGCUCAAGCCGUCGUCCCUGGGUUCGUCGGUGGUGCCGUACAAGUCCGGCGAGCGGCAGAAGCUUGUGGACGCCGGGUACCGCAUCGUGGGCAACAUGGGCGACCAGUGGAGCGACCUCAUCGGCGCGCCGGAGGGCGACCGCACCUUCAAGGUGCCCGACCCCAUGUACUACGUCGGCUGAGUGAGACAUGGCACCUACUCCAAAUAAAGCUCCAAUGUUCGUCUUAUUAAUUGGCGUCUUGUGGUGGCUGUACUGGCGACCAAACCAUUGGGAAUGCAGAACAUUGUUCGUCAUAAUUCAUCCCGAGUGAAGUUUAUUUU